AUGUCCUCUCACGAUAUCCAAACGUGCCUCCAAAUUCCUGUUCCUCUGUCGAUGAAAGACCUAGCCCAUGCUCCGCCGGUUUGUCUUCCUACCCGCGGAGAUCACGAAGCCAUUGAGAUACUCGAGAAAUUCGGCAAAGCUCUACUUCGACCCGAAGACGAAAUCACUCAAGCGCAGAACUUAGCAGCCGGCUUUUCGGACAUAGUGGUUAUAUUGGAACGUCCACGCCACAGAAGAAACCACAAAUUCGACGUUAGUUUCGAAGACUUUGUCAAAAGUUCCGAGACACUGUUAGCAGUCGACGAAGUCAUUCGCUUUGCUACCAAAGGGGCCCGAAGCAUACAUACUGUCACCGUACUGAACGCCUUCUCUUAUCGACCUGAUAAAUAUGCAACAGAGCAAGAUAAACAGUGUCAUGAAGUCCGCACAAAUCCUGAGAGCGAAGAAACCAAAAGUCAUAUUGAGAUGCCACCCAUAUCGGAAUUGACGGCCCCGUUUUCCCUUCCCGAAACCGCGGAAGAAAUAAGAAAGCUAUGCCUUCAAAAUGGUGAAAGACAAGUGGAGGACAUCGGCAAGUACGAACCAUGGCAAGCUGCGAGCCUCAUCUCACGGGGGUUAGAAAAGCCAUAUAAAGGCCUAAUUGAUGUGCAAUUUGUUGGGAUUGCAGAUGAGACCCCAUCCGAAAGUCGCAGCAAACAGGUUCAAGCGUUCAGUGAUUUGUACGGGUCUUUAAAACGGUUGUUUGGGAAUGCCAAUUCCUUUGGUGGUCUUGCUAUCGCAAAAACCGCCUUGUUUCUCUGGAAGCGACAUUUCGAAGAAGACCCAUUAUAUCACCACGUAAUGUCGUGGCUUAUAUUACGCGGCAAUGACCAAAAGGAUUGGGUUCGCUUGUGA